GGAGUUUAGGGUUCUUGGUGGAAUGAGAAUUGGCUAGGGCAGGAUGAUCUGAGCGAGCUCGUGCGAGAUCUGGCACGAAUUCGGUUGGAUCCAAUGUCGCAGCAGUGGAAAUAGGAGGAAAUAUCGACGAGCGGCUUGAAAUGUCGAAGAAUGCAGCUGAAUCCAAGGCCUUCCCGGCGUCAUUGGCCAAGGCUUCCGCCCCAGCCGCUCCUUCUCCUCCUCCGGCGGCCGCAUCCAAAGCCUCGGACUUGGCCAACGGUGUGCAUCAGCUAGUGGAGCAAGAGAGAAGGAAAUCUGGUGCUAGUCACGAGGAAAGCGUCAAUGUGGAUGAGUCUAAGCUGUUUGAUCACAUCCACGCCCAUGCUGUCAGGGCUACUGGUGACGAGAAAAGCGGUGCUACCACCACGCAGAGGAAUGAAGCUCGCAAGGAGAGAUCACCGAGUAGAUCGAGUAUAAUUGGUGAUGUGCUGCAAAACAUCGCAGCGGGAGACGAGGAGGGUCGUUCCAGGCAGAGAAUUCUUGCAUUUGCUGCCAAAAGAUAUGCUACUGCAGUGGAGAAAAAUCCUCAGGAUGCUGAUGCUCUAUACAACUGGGCGUUGGUGCUCCAGGAAAGCGCUGACAGUAUUGGAACUGAGUCUGGGCCUGCUGAGAAAGAUGCUCUGCUAGAUGAAGCUUGCAGAAAGUAUGAAGCAGCAACGAGAUUUUGUCCUUCUUUGCACGAGGCCUUUUAUAACUGGGGAAUUGCAGUAUCCGACCGAGCAAAAAUUCGUGGAAGAACUAAGGAAGCAGAGGAACUCUGGAAGCAGGCUUGUCUAAAGUACGACAAAUCUGUUCAACUAAACUGGACAAGUCCCCAGGCUUUGAACAACUGGGGACUUGCUCUUCAGGAGCUUGGCGCAAUUGUUCCUCUAAAAGAAAAACGUGCCAUUGUUAAAGUUGCGAUAAAGAAGUUUCGAGCAGCUAUACGUCUCCGAUUUGAUUUCCAUCGUGCAGUUUACAAUCUCGGCACUGUAUUGUAUGGGCUAGCAGAAGAUACCUUGAGAAGUGGAAGGCGUCCUAGCACUCACGAAGGAAGUGCUCCGGAGCUUUAUAGUGCGUCUGCGGUGUACAUAGCAGCUGCUCAUUCGCUGAAACCAGAUUAUUCAGUCUAUAGGAGCGCUCUUCGACUUGUAAGAUCAAUGCUUCCUCUACCAUAUUUGAAAGUCGGAUACUUGACUGUACCUCCGAUUGGGAACCCAUUAGCACCUCAUAGCGAUUGGAUAAAGCAGUGGUUUGUCUUGGAUCACGAAGCCUUGUAUCAGAUGGAGAAAGUGGACCAAAGAUCUCCGACUCUUGGAGCAUCCAGCAGCCCGAGUAAAGCGCCUGAGGGAUCACAUACAAGGAGAGUUGAGGUGCAUGACAUAGUCUGUGUGUCUCCAACAGCGGAUCUUAGCCUUCCUCCUGGCGGUUGCUUCGUCGCUGACACUCCUUCAGGCCAGCAUUUCAUGAUUGCUGACAACUGGGAAGCUGUGGACGGCUGGGUGGAUGCCAUUCGUCUUGUGUACACAAUUUUUGUUCGUGGGAAAUCGGAAGCUCUUGCCACUGUCUUGACUGCAUGAGGCAGCACUUUUGAGCACCUCAUACUUAUCGUCCUUUCCUUACAAGGAGGAUGACAAAGGAGAAGAAAUUCCAGGCUAGGCAUCUUUCAUAUGUCCUUACUAGUUUGAUGUGCUGAUAGGAACAGCUCGAUAAAAAACAAGUUCCCAGUUUUCAUCUA